CCCCCAACAAAACAUCGAUGUUGCAGGAAAGGAAAUGAGAAUCGGGAUGGAGGACAAAGAGGCAAUGUCAGAGUGACUGACAAGCUGAGAUACAAUCCUUCAGCAUCCGAUGAUAGCAAUUCCAUGAAUCUUCCCAGUCAAAGGACCCAUUUUCAUGGUAGACAGUACCUGUGGCUGGAGUCUCUACACACAGGGUGUGCCUAUACAGGCCAAAGACUGCCAGUAUUAGCACAGGACUUCCUCUCUGCCCACUCUGAAGAAGGUGUUACAGAAGAACGUCAGAAUUCCAGGGGAUGGGGAACCUUUCAUUUCAUUAGGAAUAGACAUUGAAAUGUGCGAAAUGUGGAAUAUGCUUCACUGAAUGAGCACACAUAGCUCACAUCAACUAACUCACAGGAGAGAAACCUUUUAAAGAUUUGAAGUGUGGAAAGAGUUUCACUGAUAGUGAAAAACCUAGAAUACAUCAGCAGACUGCCAUGGGUAAGAAAGGAUUCAAAUGCAGGGAGUGUGGGAAGAGCUUCAGUCAGAGGGCACACCUUAAGUUACAUGCACAGACACACCAAGAGAAGAAACCUUUUAAAUGUAUGGAGUGUGGAAAGAGUUUCCGUCGAAGAGAUACACUUAGAAUACAUCAACAAACUCACACAGGGGAGAAACCAUUUAAAUGUGUGGAGUGUGGAAAGAGCUUCAGUUCCAAUACAACCCUUAGAUCACAUCAACGGACUCACACAGGGGAGAAACCAUAUGAAUGUAUGGAGUGUGGGAAGAGCUUCAGUUAUGAUGCAGGCCUUAGAUCACAUCAACGGACUCACACAGGGGAGAAACCAUAUGAAUGUAUGGUGUGUGGGAAGAGCUUCAGUUACGAUGCAGGCCUUAGAUCACAUCAACGGACUCACACAGGGGAGAAACCAUAUGAAUGUAUGGAGUGUGGAAAGACCUUCAGUCGGAUUGGAAACCUUAGAAUACAUCAACGUACACAUACAGGGGAGAAACCGUUUAAAUGCAUGGAGUGUGGAAAGAGCUUUAGUAAUAGUGGAACCCUUAGAAUACAUCAACGGACGCAUACAGGGGAGAAACCAUUUAAAUGCAUGGCUUGUGGAAAGAGCUUUAGUGAUAGUGGAAGCCUUAGAAAACAUCAACAUAUUCACACAGGAGAGAAACCAUUUAAAUGUAUGGAGUGUGGAAAGAGCUUCAGUUUCAGUUCAAACCUUAGAAAACAUCAACUGACUCACACAGGGGAGAAACCAUUUAAAUGCAUGGAGUGUGGAAAGAGCUUUAGUCAAAAUGCGCACCUAACUUUACACCAUCAAACUCACACAGGUGAGAAACCAUUUAGAUGUAUGGAGUGUGGAAAGAGCUUCUUUCAGAUUGGAAACCUUAGAAUACAUCAACGGACUCAUACAGGGGAGAAACCAUAUACAUGUAUGGAGUGUGGAAAGAGCUUCAGUCACGAUGCAGGCCUUAGAUCACAUCAACGGACUCACACAGGGGAGAAACCAUUUAAAUGCAUGGUGUGUGGAACAAGCUUUAGUUAUGGUGGAAGCCUUAGAUCCCAUCAACGGACUCACACAGGAGAGAAACCAUUUAAAUGUAUGGAGUGUGGAAAGAGCUUUAGUUACGAUGCAGGCCUUAGACAACAUCAACGGACUCACACAGGAGAGAAACCAUUUAAAUGUAUGGAGUGUGGAAAGAGCUUCAGUUUCAAUUCAAACCUUAGACAACAUCAACUGACUCACACAGGGGAGAAACCAUUUAAAUGCAUGGAGUGUGGAAAGACUUUUAGUGAUAGUGGAAGCCUUAGAACACAUCAACGAACUCACACAGGUGAGAAACCAUUUAAAUGUAUGGAGUGUGGAAAGAGCUUCAUUCAGAUUGGAAACCUUAGAAUACAUCAACGGACUCAUACAGGGCAGAAACCAUUUAAAUGUAUGGAGUGCGGAAAGAGCUUCAUUCGGAUUGAACACCUUAGAAUACAUCAACGGACUCAUACAGGGCAGAAACCAUAUAAAUGUAUCGAGUGUGGGAAGAACUUCAGUCAGAGUGCACACCUUAGACAACAUCAACGGACUCACACAGGAGAGAAACCUUUUAAAUGUAUGGAGUGUGGAAAGAGCUUCAGUUAUAGUGGAAACCUGAGAGUACAUCAACAGACUCACAUCGGUAAGAAACGAUUUAAAUGUCUGGAGUGUGGAAAGAGCUUCAGUCAGAAUGGAAAUCUUAGAACACAUCAGCAGACACACAGGGCAAAAACUGUUUAAAUGUAUGGACUGUGGAAGGAGCUUCAGUCAGAGUGGAAGCCUUGAUUUAUGUCAACAAACUCACACAAAAGACAAACCAUAUAAAUAUCAGGAAAGUAGGUAGAGGUUCAGUCCUAGUGGAAUCCUACAUCUACAGACUCAUGGACAGGAAGAACUUUAACAGUUGACACCCUACAAACCCAUCAACCCUCAAAGAGGAGAAGCUGUUUAAAGGGAAAGAUUGCAGAAAGUGCUUUAGUUAUAAUGGAGUGUUUAAGGAACAUCUAAGAGCCACUGUGGUGUAGUGGUUAAGAGUGGUUCGUAAUCUGGGGAAACGUGUUUGUGUCUCCGCUCCUCCACAUGCAGCUGCUGGGUGACCUUGGGCCAGUCACACUUCUUUGAAUUGUCUCAGCACCACUCACCUCACAGAGGAAGGGAAAGGAGAAUGUUAGCCACUUUGAGACUCCUUCGGGUAGUGAUAAAGCGGGAUAUGAAAUCCAAACUCUUCUUCUUCUUCUCAGAGUGGAGAACCCAUUUAAAUGUAUGGAGUGAGGAACGUGUUCCUUUCAGAGUUUACUCUUCUUCACAGCAAUGAACUCAGCAGAAAAUCCAUCUUCAAAGCGUGUAAUGUAUUUGUUCUGGUGUUUAAAUGUAAAACUGUAUAGUAAUGAAAUAAUGAAGGUAAUGUCCCACAAUAAUGAGUAUAAUUUUAGAUGUAAGGUACCUUUUGAUAGUGAGGGGGAGAGGGUGAAUCUGUAUUUCUGGUGGUGAGUGAGGAUUAGGGCUGGGCAUAUAUUGAUCUCAUCCUAUACCAGUUUCUAGACUACAUUGUGAUAACCUUUGGAAAACAAUGGAUAUGGCAAUACACCACAAAUCACAGUGUUUGUUUCUGGGGUGCACAUUUGCCUCAAAGCAGCCGGCAGAAACCUUUGCUUCAUGAAGGGCUUCUGGCUGAUCGCUCGCCAUCACACUUGGAGAUCUCUUUAUCGGAGGAGACCUCGGUAUAUCAAAGGCAGGGGAAACUGCUCCAGCGCAGCAGACCCCCGGAAAAACCUCAAAUCGAGCAUUUUGAGGACAUGGAAUCUGGCAGGUGUCAAAAGUGGGCUCCCCCCUCCCUGGAAAGUUCUGUUUUUGAGCUCCGAGAACGAGGGAGUUGGAGCUGCGACACAUCGGACAAAAAGCUUCCUGUGAUUAUACGAAGCUGCGAGACUGUGAGGCAUUAGCGGUCAAUUCUUCCAACAUCAAAAGGACUGUAUUGUGUGUACCUUUUACAUUUGGAUUAUAUAUGGCUAAUGUAGGGGUUGUGUUGACAAGCUAGCUGAGAUAAUGCUCCGGGCACACAGCCAUCUCUGUACAAGAGAUUUAUUGCUAAGCUUCAAAGCAGUUACAAGAGUUCAAAAACACACUUCAUCUCUCGGAGUCAGAUGAAUCGUCUGACUUUUUUUACGCCUCCCCCAGCAAGCCCAUUUCCUGAGUCCACACCUCUUGCUUCCUCUGCUCUGUGAGUGGCUGGUUCCCAGUACUGGCUCCCCCCUCCCAGCUUCCUCCUCUGACGUGGAAGAGAAACGGCUAAUUACCGGCGUGGACUCUCUGUACUUGCCUCUCUGCUUCCCCCUCAGCUCUUUCGCAGCCUCCAAUUCCCUGACAUCCACCCCCUCCUCAAAGGCCCCCUCCCCCUCGGGAGAAUCUACCAUCCCCAAUUUACCCUUCUCCGGAGUGGCGGGGGUGAAGCCUGGAAAACUACCCUCCUCCUCAUCCGUAUCUUCAAAAAACGUCCUCCAGUCCUCCCUCAAACCCACAGUUCCUCGUGUUCCCCAGUAGACACUUUCCUCUUCUUCUUCCUCUUCGUCAGAUGGUGGGAAUCCCUCAAAAUCCUCUUCAUCGUCGGCCCGAACACCUGUUGGAAAAAUCUACCCCGGGGUUUGGGUUUGUCGGGGAAGAAAUUGUGGAACUCCUCCACUAGACCCUCGUCAGUGAUACAACUCUCCAGGACCCAGGUAUUCUCUGAACUAGGGGCCCCUUCCCAUGCCACCAGAUACUCUUGCCUCUCUGCUUCCCCCUCAGCUCUUUCGCAGCCUCCAAUUCCCUGACAGCUAACUAAAGACCUGACCUCAAGAGUCACUAAAUCAGAGAUUUGCCCCAGGACUUGUUCUGAUCGUAAUGCUGUGUUGACAGAGUUAAAAUUGUCUCUACAGGGUACUUUUAGAUGGCAGAUGAAUGAUGUUUUACUGAGAAAUGAAUUGAUCGUAAAUAAAGCUCAAAAGACUCUAAAGGACUAUUUUGAAUUGAACCUGAAUCCUGGAAUUGAAGCAAGGGGUGCAAGUAAAGUGGUAAUGCCAGGUAUUUUGAUUCAACAGAAUUCUAUCAGGAAGGAAGCACAGAAUGAGCAAAAGGAAAAAGUUCUGUCUCAAAGGAGAAAGAGAAAAAGCUAAGAUGUAACCCAAAAAAUCAACAGAUUCAAAAGGAAAUUAAAGCAUUACAAUCUUAGUCUUCACAAAUAGUAAACCAAGAAAUUGAAUGGAAAAUUAUAUUGAUGAAACAAAAGACUUUUGCAUCGGCAAAUAAAUGCAGAAAAUUAUUGGCUUGGGGACAGAGAGUACAAUAAUUAAUAUUAUUGAGGAUGGUAAGAAUAUUGAGAAGCCAACAGAGAUUAGAAAAUGUUUUCAAAAGUACUAUAAGCAGCUUUACAAAAAGGAAAAAUGGAUAAAAUGGAACAGUUUUUGGACAAAAAUGGAUUGCAGAAAAUUCCAGCGGACAAAACAAGCCUACUAAAUGAAUUGGUUACAAGACAAGAAGUUGAAGGGGCAAUUGCCCAAAUGAAAAUAGGCAAAGCACUGGGACCUGAUGCUUUAACUUCCAAGUAUUAUAAAAUAUUUAAGGAUUGGCUGAUACAACCAUUGAUGGAUGUUUGUAACAAAAUAUUAAAGGGGGACAAAGCACCCGAGUCCUGGAAAGAGGCCUUCAUCACUCUGAUACCCAAACCAGAUACAGAUAGAGCUCAAGUAAGGAAUCAGCGACCAAUUUCCUUGUUGAAUGUGGAUUAUAAAAUAUUUGCAAAUA